GUUUUGGUGUCAAGAAACCCUUUCCUCAGCUGUGGGCUCCAUCCCUCCUCCCUCUGUGGGGGUGGGGCCUGCAAGCUUCGCUGCGCUCUCUCACUCUCGCUCCCAAGAUCUGGUUUUUAUUUGACCUCGUCGCUUCGCAGCGAGUAAAAGAGAGAUUCUUCCUACUUACUCCUUUCCCUUCCUAUCCAGAUCCUUUCUCCCUUCUUUCUUUAGUUUGUUUCUUUCUUCUUGUUCGUCGCUGUGGUGAGUAGAGAGAAGGGGAGAAAGAAGCGUCUCUGGCGAUCCUGGGAUUUCAUUUAGAUCACUAAUAUUGUCUGCUCAGAGUGAUGACAUAAAGAGAAGGGAACGAAGGAAAGAAUGGGGAGGAAGACGAAGUGGUUUGAUACUAUCAAGAAGGUUUUCAGCCCCGAAUCAAAGGAAAAGAAGAGCGAGAAAUCGAAGAAGAAAUCGGGAUAUGGGACUUCCAAGAAUUCAGAUCCACGUGCUUCCGAGCCAUUAGAGAAUGCUGAUCCAGUCCCAGUUUCUCCUCCUCCUCCUUCAUCUCUGCCGCUGAAUGAGGAGAUUAAAGUGGCUGAGGCCGAGAACGAGCAGAAUAAUCAUGCUCGCUCUGCGGCGCCGGCCACUGUCGUCGCUACGGAGGCUGCUGAGGUUGUUCGCCUGACGACAACGACGAGGUUCCUAGGAAAAUCCAGGGAGGAGGUUGCGGCAAUCAAGAUCCAGACUGCCUUCCGAGGGUACAUGGCAAGAAGAGCACUGCGAGCCCUGAGAGGACUGGUUAGGUUGAAGUCCCUGAUUCAUGAAAAUUCUGUCAAGCGUCAAGCCACAACUACAUUACGUUGCAUGCAGACAUUGGCAAGAGUUCAGUCACAAAUCCGUUCUAGGAGAAUCAGGAUGCAAGAGGAAAAUCAGGCCCUUCAGCGGCAGCUGCUGCUUAAACAUGAGAGAGAGCUUGAGAGUUUGAGGAUGGAUGAGGAAUGGGAUGACAGUAUGCAAUCCAAAGAGCAAAUUGAAGCAAGUCUUCUGAGCAAGCAAGAGGCUACAAUACGAAGAGAGAGAGCAUUGGCUUAUGCAUUUUCUCAUCAGUGGAAAAAUGCUUCGAGGUCAGGGAACCCAAUGUUUAUGGACCCCAACAACCCACACUGGGGUUGGAGCUGGUUGGAGCGCUGGAUGGCAUCAAGGCCAUGGGAGAGUCGGAGCACGACAGAUAGAGAGCUUAACAGUGAUCGUGCCUCUGUAAAGAGCACCAGUUACAGUGUUGGUGGAGGGGAGAUAAUGAAAGCUUAUGCUCAGCGUGACAGUAAUCUAGAUAGGCCAUCCCCCACCAUGGAGAAAUUAAGCCAGCCUGCCAGGCGCCCGGUUCCAUCAACACCUAACUCCAGGGCAUCACUGGUUGCGGGAAAGAUAAAAUCAGCAAGCCCAAAAACUGGCUGGGGCCUGUCAGAGGAUGACUCGAGGAGUGUAACCAGCAUACAGUCAGAGCGCCCCAGGAGGCACAGCUUAGGCGGGUUGUCCAUCAGGGAUGAUGAGAGCCUAGCAAGCUCUCCGGCCAUUCCUAGCUACAUGGUACCAACAGAAUCAGCAAGGGCCAAGUCCCGCUUUCAGAGUCCAUUAAAUGAUAAAACUGAGACUUCAGAUAAAAGGUCUGUAGGCUCUGUGAAGAAGAGGUUGUCUUUUCCAGUGGGAGACAAGAAUAGUGUGACAUCUCCAGCAGGGGUGAGGCGGCAUUCAGGCCCUCCCAAGGUGGGCGUUGCAUCCAUUAAGGACAUAGAAAUCCAUUCAGACAACAAUACUGGCAAUGGUGAAAAGAGUUAACCUGGUCAAACUUAAGAAGUCAGAAAGAUGAAAAAAAAUCUCUGGAGGAGGACCUUAUUAUUACAGCCAAUUCGUUUUCCUCAUAUGAUUUAUUUUUGUUGAAUUGUUUAUGGAUGACACAUCAGCUUAUAGGGAUUGCUUUGUUGUAUGAUUUUUUUUUUCUUUUAGUUUCAUUUAUUAAUUGAUGUUGAUAAACAAGAAUUUGGUUCAAGUUCUACCAGAGGAUGCUGGAUCCUGAGACUAGGGCCUUUCCUGCUAGUGGGUGUUGAUUGUAAGAUAAAUGCUUAUUCAUUAUGGUUUCAUCUUCAUAUUUGGUAA